AUGAUCUCUGAUCGGAAUCCAUUUCUGGAAAUCGUUGACCACCUGACUAAACAUGAACGUCCACGUGUUAAUCUUUCACAGCUCGUGCAGAGUCAUUCGUUUCGACGAUCAAACCUAUCAGGCCCACAAGCCCAGAUGUAUCUUUUCCUUCUGGCCUUCUGCUUCUUAGAUCUGACAUGUGCACAGAAUUGCGAGGAUCUCGUCGACUUCUGCGAUGCACUUCAGCCAGUCUGCAUCGGAAGUAUCAUUCAGUACCAGUUACAACAAUUACAAGCUGUAGCUGAUCAGCUGUCAAACAGCUCUUCCUUACCAGCGCUAGAAGAUUCUCUACCUUUGAUACGUUCGGAAGGUACUAGCGAUACAGCAUCUGGUAUCCCGGAAACAAACAUCACCGAACUAGAGAAACUCGAACAGGGCUUGAAGGAUUCUCUUCCUCUUCUGAAAGAGUCGCUACCAUUGAUCCGAGAGUCGCUUCCUCUAAUUCGUGAAUCGCUUCCUCUCAUCCGUCACAUCAUUGAUCCAACCUACUACAACACAGACAAGACAACCUGCCAACAGAAAGCCACUUGCAAAAGUUGUCGUGAGUGUCCAAAGCUACGUGAAGCAGUAACUGCGCUUGUGGAAUCGAUCUGCCCAAACACUUGUCGACUUUGCGCUACUGAUGCUACUCUUAGCAGAACCGCCGCAGUUACUCUUGUGGAUUUCUACAUCUAG